CGUGACGUAUCGGAGCGGGACUCUUUAUCGGUCUCAAUGACACGCAUUAAUAGAAUUAUUUGUCAUUUUUACUAAUGAAUUUAAAUGAAAAAAGUCUAAUAGAAUUGCAAUAAUAUGCGGAUCAGGAAAACUAGUCUACUUUUUGGUCUGAGUUGCUUGAUUGUUUUUGGGUGCAUUGUGUUAUUGUUGGGCAAAAACAAGAAUUUGGCCGGUGACGAUCAGAAUGAUGUUGAAGAUUUGGAGAAGAAGGUGAAGAAACUGGAACAGGACUUGAAGAGAAAUUAUGAGAUUGUACAAAAGAUUGGUAAAUCUGUCUCUGAUCUCCUCAAAGAUUCACCCACACAAGAUGAAGAUCCUCUUAAAGCCAAAAUGAUCCAACCAGUUUUGAAAAAUUUGGUUGGCAGUUCAGCAGCGAAUGAUUGCUCGUUUGUUGAGAAACCUCCCCUGCAACCCAACGUGCAGAUGCUCGACUUGUACAGCAAGUUGAAAUUCGACAACCCAGAUGGUGGUGUUUGGAAGCAGGGCUGGGACAUCCAGUACGAUGAAAGCCAAUUCUCUGCCCAGAACAAACUUAAAGUAUUUGUGGUUCCACACUCUCACAAUGACCCAGGUGGAUCAAGACAUUUCAAAAGUAUUAUGCAGAUCAGACCAGACACAUUUUGAAUAACAUGGUCCGGAAAGUGAGCGAAAAAGACAA